AAUAGAGCCUUCGACUGCAGCGGAUACAAUUUAUACAGCAUAGUCUCGGCCUCUUUCCUCAACAGAGAAUCCCAGUGUGAGGUUUCUGUGUGGGGCAUAACACAUACCGGAAAUUGUGACGUACAACAGGUGUGGAUGGGAAAUGGCUGGGUAGGACUGGAAUUCAACGCAAGAAUCUUGCCUGACCUGAAAAGAAAAUGUCUCAGAUUAUUCCGGACGAGGCAUCUUUUGCAGACUUCAGAAAACAAUGCCUAUCAACGGACAAUUGGUAUAACAAAUAUGAUAAAAACGACAUGCAGGUUUGGGUUGAGUCGGCCCCUGUCACGACCACACAAAGCAUCAAAAAUUCGCCUAAAGUUCACAAGAUAAAGUGCAAAAUGACCAUAAAAGAUGUGUCAGCUGCCACCAUGUUUGAUGUCCUUCAUGACGGCCAGUAUCGUAAAAAGUGGGAUCCCACCAUGUUGGAGAGUUUUGACAUUGCCCGUCUCACCCCAAAUGCUGAUGUCGGAUACUACUCAUGGGUCUGUCCCAAACCUCUGAAGAACAGGGAUGUCAUAACUCUGCGUUCAUGGCAGGUUAAGGACAACGAAUACAUGAUCAUCAACUUCUCUGUCAAACACCCGAAAUAUCCCCCUGGCAAGUUGCUGGUGCGUGCCAUCUCUGUCCUGACUGGAUACCUGGUGCAGCCUACAGGCCCCAACAGCUGCUCCUUCACAUACCUCUCACAGGCUGACCCCAAAGGUUCUCUUCCAAAGUGGGUGGUGAAUAAAGCAUCUCAAGUGUUGGCUCCUAAGGUGAUGAGGUGUGUGCAUAAGGCGGGUCAGAACUACCCAGAGUGGAAACAGCAGAACUCUCCGGACCAGAAGCCCUGGCUGUUCCCUGAGCAGAGCCAGCUUCCACUGAUGAACCCGGAAGAACUGUCAAUCCAGCGUGCGGAUUCCCUGGAGAACGUUGACGAGAGCACCACUCUGGACUGUCAGGAAAAUGACAAGGCUGAGGAAAGCAGCUGAGCUUGUCUGGUUGUGUAUGAGGAGAUACAGGCCAGGGGAGAGAACCUAGCGAUAUUUCUUCAUGGGACUUAAUUCCAAACCUCACUAUGACUGAUCGGUCUGUAUUUAUCCUGUUCAUCAUAUGUGCCUUCCUGGAUGAGGAAGGCAAACGUGUUCACAGCUGGGCAGAAGGAGACUUAACAGUUGCCAUUCAGAUCCAUCUACUCCCCCUUAAGUGAAUUGAUAAUCCUUCUCGUGUUUGCCACAACACAAUGCAGACUCUAGAUUUAGCAAAAGUACAGUAAAAGUGUCAGUUAAUGGGGGGGUGAUUGCGGAUGGCGUCGUAAAACUACUGAUUGAAACUUCUGUAUUUCAAUCUAUAGGUGGACAUUUUUGGACAGAUUAUGAACAAAGGCAAAAAAUAAUUUCUAUGAAGAGAAUGGCCUAUUUUAGCUGUUUGAUUCCGGUUUUGAAUUUGUCAAUGAAAGUGAGGUUUGUUUUUAUGUACUGCUAUUUAAAUUAGGUAUAGUUCUCAUUUUUCUUAUGAUGUAACCAUAGUAGCUAACUAUAUGGUUCAUACCCUUAUAGAAUGAAGGGACGGUGCUUUGUCACUCCUCUGGGCCUUGUGAGGAUAAUUAUAGGUGUAUUUACUGAAAUGUCAGGCAACCGGGGGGGGGGGGGGGGG